AUGUCUUUCUUCCCACGACACUACAUCACAAACGAGGCUUCCUCCUUCCAUCCUCUCUUCCGUCUUCUUGACGACUUUGACCAAUACAGCAGUGGCCGCAACGACAAUAACUCUCGUCACCACCGCAGCAAUGUCAUGAAGACCUUCACCCCCAAAUUCGAUGUCAAGGAAGCCGGUGAAAUCUAUGAACUCCACGGUGAACUUCCAGGUAUCGAGCAGAAGGAUGUCGAAAUCGAAUUCGUCGAUGACCAAACCCUCACCAUCCGUGGUCGUACCGAGCGCUCUUACACUUCCGGUACUCCACCAGCUGGUUUCGUCGAAGAUGCACCCAUGUCUGGCGCCAUUACUGAAGGUGGUGAAGCCGAACACAAAGACAAAGUUCACCAACCAACCGUCGAAGAUGAAGAUGAAUCAACUUCAGCAAGCAAUGACGCCAACACUCAAGUUACCAAGGCCAGCAAGGAGAGAAAGGCCAAGGAACCUGAUCACAAAUUCUGGGUUUCUGAGCGUAGCAUCGGUGAAUUCUCUCGAUCUUUCAGCUUCCCAGUUCGCGUCAACCAAGAUGCAGUUCAGGCUAGCAUGAAGAACGGUAUUCUUAGCAUCAUCGUUCCAAAGGCUAAGAAGCAAGAAGGACGCAAGAUCACCAUUCAGUAA